AUGGCGAAAAUUGAAAAUAUGAAGCUCAUGGAGCCACCCAAUUUAUCUUUUUCUUCUUCAAACUUUUCCUCAUCCACCUCCGAUCCAUCAUCUAAUAUUUCAACCCUUCCAGCUCCCGAGACAAAUACAACAUGCAAUGGUGGUAACAAUAGCAAUAACCUCCCUCCCGUAACUCUUCCAAGCAUCACCACUCUCUUCCAACAAUCUCCCCCACCACUACCACUACCAACAACAAGAACAAGAACAAGAACCAACAAUCCAAUUACCCGUCUCCCAACAAGAAACCCAAAUUCAACCGCCGCAGUAGUAUCAAACACUUCAACCACCACCCAAGGUCUAAUCACCACCCAAAGAACCAAAAUCAUCAAAACUUUUGUCUCGCCAAAAAGAUCUACGAAAAUUAUUCUAAUGAUUAUAAUUACCACAGUCCAAGAACCUUUUUUUGUUAAGGAAAAAAAUUCUUGGGUAAUAAGACGAAUGACGGAAAUUAGAAAGGUUAUGGUUAGGAAGAGAUUGAGAUUGAGAUUGAGAUUGAGAUUGAGAUUGAGAUUGAGAUUGAGAUCUGUUAGUGGUUCUAAGGAAAAGAAAGAUCGUGUUGGGAAAUUUAAUAUGAGAUCUUCUAAGGGGAAGAGGGGAAAGGGGGGGAAAGGGAUAAAGAAAAGAGAUUUUGAUUCUUUUAUGUGA